UCAACAUCAAUCAUUAUUUCUUCCUCCAAUUCCUCUAGGAAAUAAGGCAUCAUAGUCCAAGAAGGCUUUGUGGCUAAUUUCUCUCCCACUCUCUCUGAUUCUCUCUUACUCUCUCUACGCUCUCCGGAAGCAUGGAUAGAAGGCUCUGCUUCGUUCUUCUUGUACUAGCUAUUAGCUGGUGCUGUAGUGCAAAAGAUUUAGCAGCUGCUGACCUUAAGAGAGAAUCCUUAGAUGCCUCAGAGAAACAAGUUCAAGCCACAAAACUAGUCAGCAGGAAUGAACAAGUGUGCUUAUUGUGUGAACAAUAUGCAUCUGAGGCACUCGCUUUCCUUUCUAAUGAGCAGACCCAAAGAGAGAUAACUGACUUCCUUCUCAAGGCAUGCUCUAAGUUUCCAAUGUACAAGCAAGAGUGCAUUGGGUGGGUGAAUCAUUAUGCUAUUCUUUUCUUCAUAGAGAUCUCCUCCUUACAGCCUGAAAACUUGUGCCAAGAGAUUGACCUCUGUGAAAAAGUUGUUUCCAUUUCUCAAUAUGUAUCCAAUAGUAGCUGCGAUUUAUGUCAUCGUGCUGUUAUGGAGGCCGUACAGCAGUUGAAAAAUCCAGACGCACAGGUUGAAGUACUUCAGCUGCUCCUGAAGGCUUGUGAUUCUGCUAAAAACUUUUCAACAAAGUGCAAGAAGCUGGUUUUCGAAUAUGCCCCUCUGAUUCUGGUGAACACGGAGCAGUUCCUAGAAAUAAAUGACGUCUGCACUUUGCUGCAUGUUUGCGACUCGCCAACUCUUGGAAUUGAGCUAGCAUUACCUAGGAUGGAGGAGUCGAGGGGACUCGAGGCAUUCUCCAUCUUAAGGAAGAAAACCAGUGGAAACCUUGUUCACAUGUUGUAGACUGUUGUUUGCUUUCUUUUACUGGUGUGAGGGAGAUGAAUUGCGACUUUGGCUUAUAUACUUACUACUCCCUCUGUCCCAUUUUAUCUAUCCUACUUACUAUUCAUAGGUCAAAUAACUAUUUCUUCUUUGUUUA